UCGCCGUAGUCCACACGGCGCGAUUCACUUGAAGCGUGCUUCGAGUACGGAACCAUAAAGUGUCAUAACAGUGUAGCGCGUGCUUUUUAUUCCGUUGUUUUCAAACAUAGCGCGAGAUAACUGGGCGUAAGACUACAGGACACGCUACAAGGGUCCAGUGGUCCGUGUUUUCACCGUGCUGAAGAUGUGUUCUCUGGCGUUGUUCCCCGCUCCGCUGGCCUGCGGGCAGACCACUCUGUGCGAGUCCAACAACGAGCUACUUUCAGGAACCGCCACCGAUCACCGACUGAAACAGGAUUCUAGUCCUCUGAGUUUGUAUUUCCCCCGAGAGUCUCUGAAGCUCCACUGUCGCACAGAAAGCAGCAGCAAGGCGGCCUUCCUGGACCACUCUGAAACUCUGUGGAUGAGGAGUGCAGCAGCCUGGCGGGAUGGUGGUCUCACCGGGCUACUCAAUGAAAUUACCAACUCAAACACAGAAGUGCCUAAAUGGCUUUCAGUGAGUUCUGGUUUUACACUGGCGUUGCUCCGAUGGUUCUCUUCCUUUCACGGCUCCCUGUUUCCUCAUCUCACAAUGAGCAGUGAGAACAUGCUUGCUGAGUUUUCUCAAGUGCUGAACUGGUCUGACUGUGUGGUGCGAGCCUUCGCCUGGCAUCCCCAUGCCGAUAAAUUUGCUGUAGCCCUGCUGGACGACUCCAUUAAGAUCUACAACCCCAAAAGUGCCACCACCCCGACACUGAAGCACCGUCUACAGAGGAGUGUUGCAGCAGUGCAGUGGAAGCCGAUGUGUGCGUCCGCCCUCGCUGUCGCUUGUCAAAACUGUCUACUGGUCUGGCACGUGGACCCCUGCUCACUGUCAACCAGGCCUUCGUCUGGUUGCGCUCAGGUUCUGUCUAAUCCCGGCCACUCACCCGUCACGUCCAUCGCCUGGUCUCCGAGCGGAUCGCUCCUCGUGUCGGCCUCGCCCAUGGACACCGCCAUGAUGGUGUGGGAUGUUGCUUCGGAAAGCUGCGUGCCUCUUCAGCGCGUCGGGGGAGGCGGGGUCACCUUCCUCUCCUGGUCCCCCGACAGCAGCCAUGUCCUGGCCUCCACGCCGUCGGCCCUGUUCAGGGUUUGGGAGACGAGGACGUGGACCUGUGAGCGUUGGCCGUGUGUGAAAGGGCGCUGCCAGUCAGGCUGUUGGAGUCCAGAUGGGAGUCGACUUCUCUUCACCGUACAGGGAGAGAUGGUCAUCUACGUUCUGACCUUCGGCGAUACACCAGCAGGCGUACCCACAUGCACAUCUAAAGGGCCGCAGGCAGCAGCAGUGGUGGCUGACCUAUCGGAGACGACCUUUAACACAGCAGACGGAGACAUCAUUGUUGGUGGAGAGAUCCACUCUCUAUCCUGGGACCCGACCGGAGAGAGGCUGGCGGUGCUUCUCGAGGGUGAUCCACAAGCAGCAGACCGUCCUGCAAUCAUAGCCGUGUUCAAGACGAGAACCAACCCCAUUUUUGAGCUUUUACCUUGUGGUUUUGUUCAAGGGGAGCCCGGCGCAGAGCCGAGGAUGAUGCAGUUCCACCCAAACUUCCAGCACGGCGCUCUGCUCACUGUGUGUUGGUCCAGUGGAAGAAUUACCCACGUGCCUUUCUACUUCCUGGGUGCCGGCGUCCCACACUUUGGCCUCAGCGGCAGUCCGUCCCUGCCACGCCCUCAAGAGAGGCCUGCAGACUUUGCCAAUCAGUCGCUCUUCACAGAGCUCAUCUCGUGACCGACCCACACACACCAACACACACUCACAAGUCUUGUUUGUUAUCAUGGAUUAUCAAUAAAUGUGUGAAGUUACCGCUGAACUAAGA